UUGUUUUAUUUUAAUUGUUAACGACGAUUUUAGCGGUACUUCAAAAAUAAACAGUUACUUUUGUUUGUUGCGGUUGUGGGUAAUUUAAGUUAUAAUUACAAUUAACCUUAAUUAGAAGUCUCAUUUGAUUGCUCCCGCCCACUACAAAUGUUUUCACACUAUUUUUUUCAUCGGCGACUAUAACUUUACAGUACUGACACUUAAUUUAUUCAGAUCAAAUAGUUUCUUUCGUAUUCACGGAAUACGCUAAUAACAGCUAAAUACCUGCAACACAUUUUUCUUUAGUUUUUGUGCAUGACAGAAUGAUUAGGUCUAAGAAACGACCAGUCCCUGUGUCUGGCAAAUCUGUGAUAACUAAUUUCUUGGUCAGGAUUAAUAAUGAACCGUCGCUGUCAGAGAGUUCAAUAAGUGAACGUGAAAGUGUCCAGGACGUAGCAAGUGAUCAUGAGACUUCCCAACCACCAACAAAGCGGUCCAAGCAGCGUGCCAGUGGGUUCGAUAGUAGUUGGAAGCAAGAUUUUCCAUGGGUCACAGAAGUUGAAGGAGGUAUGAUGUGCUCUUUGUGCAUUCGUCACAUGUGCAGACCUGCGCGUUCAGCAAUCGGUAGUGCCCCGUGGGUAGAUGUGCCUUGCACUUGGAUAGCAAGGGACUCACUUAAUCGCCAUCAGAGGACAGAGACCCACUCCCAGGCCAAACUUCUGGAGGCAAACCGCCUGGCUCCAAGAAAUCUGGUGGGGCAGCUUGAAGAGAUGGGCUGUCUACAGAAAAGUGCUAGGAUCGCAGCAUUCAAGAAUUUGUACUGGUUGAUGAAGCAGGAAGUUCCUCACACAACAAACUACCUCCCUCUUAAUGAUCUUGUGAAGCUACAAGGCUGCUCCAUCCUGGCUAACAUGAACCAGGGUCAGAACAACAAAGGUGAAUCGCAGCGCUUUGUACAGGAAGCGGUUCUGGCCAUGGGCAACAUCAUUCGGCAGGACAUCCUGACCCAGGCCAUCGACUCCCCAUGGUACACCAUCAUGGUGGAUGAGACAACAGAUAUAUCUGUUAUCAGUGAGAUGACAGUAUAUAUAAGGUACAUUGGGGCAGAACAAGACUGUACAACUUUAAUCUAGUAGUUUGUUAGAGCUUCUGUUGUUA